AUGAGUAAAUUGGAAAGAGUGUAUUUGAUGAAUGUUACUUUAUACGUCAACACGGUAGAUUCUCUUAAAACAUUCGAACAAGUUAACAAAAAAUGUUUUGAGUGUUUGCAGAGUCUAUUCAUCAACCCUCUUAUUAAUUUGGAAAUUGAGACUUUUGUUCUAUUUAAAGAGCCUCGUGAGGCUUUAUAUUCUUCAAUCUUCAAAUUUAUAAUAAAAGCGUUUCCAAAGAUUGAAACUCUUCAGUGUUACGAUUACAUGUUAGGCAACAACGACAAACUUGUCCACAAAGUCAAGAAAAUACGAAUUGUAAAAACCCCACACAACAAGAAAAAUUAUUACAAGAACAUUCAUUUGCCACAUUUCCACCCACAAAUAGUCACAUGUGCUAUCCCAAAAAUAGAAAAUUACUAUGUUGGCACAAAAUGCGCCAAUUUGUUGCCAACUGACAAUUACACCAAUCUUAAAAGUGUUCAUAUGAAUGGGUGGAUCCGUAAACCAAACAUUUUACAAAGGAUUUUUGAAUUAAAAAGUGUCACAAAAAUAACAAUUUGGAAUUGCACCCACCCGACCUUCUUAUCAUCAAUCGAAACGCAAAUUGAAGCGCGUCGGAUGAAAAAAAUGGCAAACGUAAAAGUUUCAAUUUUUAUUGAAAAAACGGCAAUCAGAGAAAUACUUAAAAGGGAUUUUGAUGUUGCUAUUUUAAAGCUAAAGAAACUAAAUGUCGACGUAUUUGAUUGUGAAGAGAAUGUUGUUGACCACUGUGGUGUACUUGAUAAUUCGAGAUUUACUGGGGAAGUAGUAAUAACAAAUAUGAAAGGAUUGGAUUUGGUUGGGUUUAGAAGAGACGAAGAGGUUCAAACAGAAGACCAAUUUGAAUACAUCGGAUAUAAAAAGUGGAUUGAAUUAACACGAAAAAUUAAUAACAACAACACACAACAAAGUGUAGAACAAAAAGAUGAGCAAAUGACUACAACACAAAACGAACUUAUUGAAUACAAAAAUGAAAUCGAGACACAAAAGAGUGAAGGAAGCAAUGACAAUUUGAAUGAAGGAAAUGAAAACAAUACGACACAUGAUGAAGACACAGAUGAAGACUUGCUAUAUUCAGAAAGUAAUGCAAUAACUUCUUCACAAAAUAAUGAAAUUCAAACGGAUAUUCCAAUGACAUGUCCAUUAGUUGUAUUAGACAAUGUAAUGACUGAAGUUGCGCUUUUAACUCACCAAAUUACAAAAUUAACUCUUUUCAAUAUUUCUAACAUCAAAUUAUCAAAACUAUUUGCGACUACUAUUUUAAUUGUGAAAUGCACAAAACUUGAAGUUUCAAUAAGUGCUGUCGACAUGAUUAAUUGUAUUAAUUCGUCACAUAUUAAAAUUGUAAAUUUUGGAUAUAUCAACUUUUUUAAUUUGAAAACAUCAAAUAAUAUUAUUAUUGAAAAUCACACAAAGUAUCAUAUUAUGAGUAUCGUCGCAUCAAAUAUAAAAACUCUUUUACUUGCAAAUUGUAUUGUUGAAAAUAUAAAUGUUGAGAAUUGCACAAAUUAUGUGAUGUCAAAUUGUGAAUAUGGAAAUGUUGAGUUUACAAGUUGUGACAAAGUCUCUAUGGAUCUGACAAAUAGACAAAUUAACUCUUUUAAAGUGAAAACUUUAUCAUUUAAUCGCAUCACCAAUUCAAACAUCCACACACCUUUAAAAGCAAUUUUGAAAAUUUCCAGAUCACAUUUUGCACAGUUUAAAAACAUUUUUGUGAACACUCUAAAUGAGUAUUUAAGAGAGUUUGACAAACUCCAAAAAUAUGACAACGAUAAUGAAUAUGAAGUCAAUUUUAUGAAUGGUGUGACUUUUAUAAAUGGGAAACUCACGAUGGUAACUUUUAAUAACGCCAACAAAAUCCCAUCUUUAGAAAAUAUUGAUGUGAAAAUUUGCAACGAAAAAGAAAUUAAAGAAAUUUUCAUUGAAAAGGCGAGACGUGUUUUUAUUGAUGUAAAUAAUGACAUCAAAGUCAUUUGUGGAGAAGUUGACUCUGUAGUUAGUACUUGUUAUAGUAUUGUUUACCGCGAAGAAAAGUAUUUGAAAUAUGUAGAAAUACAAAGGUGGAUGGAUGAAACAGAUUAUAUUGUGGAGGUGUACGGGCAUGUUAAAUUGUGUGCAUAUUAUAUCACAUAUCCAUAUAAAGAUCUUAAUUUGAACGAUUUUUAUUACGAUCAAAAUGAUCAUAUCGUUAUUAAUGUGUUGAAAGCCGAGUACAUCAUUAAUUUGUCUGAUAUGCCUAUAAAACGUAUAUACAUCGAAAGAACCUCGAAGUUUUGUGGUAACAAAUUAAUACUCAACAAUAUAACCGAAUUUGUUGAUUUAAAAAAUAUUGAUUUUAAGGAAAUAGUCGGAACAAAGUGUUUAACAAUUAAUAGAAAUUACAAAGAAAACAAAUACGAGAAAACCGUGUUUGAAGCACAAAAGAAAAAGACGCGAGUGAGUUGGGCGAAAUGCAAGAAAAUUGUUUGUAGUGAAAGUGUUGAACAAAUUGUAGUAAAAACAUGUGACAAUUUGGAGGAAAUUGUAGUUGGAGAAAAUGUUGUUAAGAUACACGUGCAAUCGUGCAAAACAUUGAAACGAAUUAUUGGAAAAAUCAAAGGCGUGCAAGUUGUAGUCAAAAAUUGCCCAUUACUUGGAUUUAAUGAUAGAAGUUAUCAAAAGGGAAAAGUUUUGUUUUUGCCUUAA